AUGUACCAAGAAUUUAUAAGCAUUGUAAACAUUCACUCUAUUAAUCAAGAAAAUUAAGAAAAACUUAUAGAUGUAAAAUGUGUCAUUAAGAUGUAUGUAAUCAUUGUAGUGAAAAUCGUAUAUAAGUAUAUAUAAAUAGAAAAUUAGUUAUAUGCUAAACCAAAUGAUUUUGUUAAAGAUUUCAAACUACCAUAACGUGUAUGUGAUAAUUGUUUUCAAGAUUAUUAAUAUUAACAAUAGCUCAUUCAAGAAUAUGGUCUUAAAUGGAAUACUAGAUCAUUGCUUUAAUCUAAAUGGAUUGGAAAAUAAGACAGAAAAAUUAAAAUGGAAAUAUCUAUAUCUGAAAAUGACAAAGAAAUGAUUGCUAAAGAUGUUUUAACAGGAAGAUCUGAGGCAUUUUUAUUUAAUUAUAGUUUAAGAGAAUUUAUUACUUAAUGUUAAGAAGGUUAUGAUUAAACAUAUAUAAGAGAAUCAAUUAAUAAAGUAUUAUAACUAUUUGUAACUCAUUAUCCAAUUAUUGGAUAUUGUUAAGGAAUGAAUUAUAUAGCUACAAUUUUCUUAUGUAUAUCAGAUGAAGAAGGAGCAUUUCAAAUUAUGAAUCAUAUUUUCAAAUCAAUUAUACCUUCAAGAUUUUAUUCCAAUUCUUAAGGAGCAACUUUAAUUGGUUAUUAAGCUGAGAUCUAUUUUUUGAAAACUAUUUUAAAAACCUUAAAUUAAUAAAAAUUUGAGUAAUUGUCCAAUUUCUUAGAUAUUUCAGGACCUUAAAUGUUAUUAACUUUAAUGUUAUAAGUAUUAAAUACAAGUUCAUUGUUUAUUAUUUGGGAAGAGAUGUUUAAAAGAUAAUCCUUUAUUCCUAUUGAUUAAGCAAUCAUUCUUACUUUAUUUUAGGCAACUAAGUAUUAUGAUUUGAAUCAAUAAGGACUCAUAGAGGAAAUAGGAAAGAGUAUUUUUAUUAAUUUUAUCUUUAGUUAUUAAAUAUUAAGAUUUAACUUAAUUAUUCACUAAAGAAGAUGCUUAUUUUACACAAUUUGAAAGAUAAGUAUAAAUUGAACAAUAUUAUUCAUAAACAAGUAGAUCAUGGGUUAAUGAUGAUAAAUUAAUACUAUUUAGACUUAAAAAAAUAACAAAUUUUGAUACUGAAGAAAUACUAUAAAUUUAGAAAGAAUUUAAAAAGUAUUGUAUAGAAUCUCAAAAUUUAUCCAAUAAUAAAAAAGAACAAAAUAGUAUUAAAUAGAUUAAUAAUUUUUCAGAUAAUGUUGAUGAUAUUAAUAUGGAAAAUUUAUAAAUUAAAUAAGUCAAAUCAUAAAAGUAUGGUAUUACUAAAGAAGCAUUUAUUAAUUUAAUGGUAUAAAAAUCUAAUUAUAUAGAUUUAUAUAGGAAUAGUUUCACUAACAUUACACUAAGUAUUAAAUAUUAGAUAGACACAAAUAUGAAUUAGUUUUUUCUUUAUUUGAUGAAAAUAAAUCAGAAUUACUAGAUUUUAGAGAAUUCUUAACUUGUUUAAGUGUAUUAUUAAGAGGAUCCUUUUAAUAAAAAAUAAAGAUGUUUUUCACAGCACAUACUGGAUCCAAUUUGAAAGCAUAAGAAUUUCAAACUUUAUUAUCAAUAAUCAUUCCAUUAGAUUUAUAAUAAAAAGAAGAUUAUCAAUAAUUCUUAGAUAGAAUAUAAAUGCCUUAAUAUACUUAUUAAGAUAUGUUAUUAGUAUCUUAAGAUCCAUUUGUAUUAGAAAAUGAAUAUUAAAGAGACAGAAGUCAGACAUCAAUCAUGAUUGCUUAAUCAUUAAACUAAAUAAAAAAUAAUUGA